AUGCAAUUGCAGAUUCUGCAAGAGUUCAGUCGUGUCACGAUCGCGGAUAUCAUUCGUCUGACAGUUCCAGUUGUUUUGAAUUGUGCUGCCGUUCAACUUGUUGAAGAAUGCAAACCAGUGAUGUCGUUGAUCAACGAAAGUUUGUGUGAAACAUGUGAAAAAGUAUCGCGAUCAAGUCGUUUGAAUCAAACCGAAGACUAUUUGGAUGUUAUGAGAGAGCUGUUCAUUGUCGAGAGUAUAAUCGCCAAAUACAACUCGCUGUGGAGUAGAUUUGUUGCGGCAGAUGAAAAUUUGGUGAAUUCAAUGAAUUAUUCAAAUCGAAAUUGA